AGCUUCAACUAGUGAACAUUCUCUUCCGGAUUUCAACAUGGCUGGCUUUUGCAAGGCUCUAACUACAGCCCUUUUUGAGUACGAUACAAGCAAAGUGGUCCACAUUCAAAGCAAGACAAUCGGUAUCAUCAACAGACUAAUUCAACUCACUAUAAUCUGCUACGUCAUCAUCUAUGUUAUAAUAUACCAGAAAGGUUACCAAGACACAGAGAUACCGUACAGUUCUGUGACCACAAAAGUGAAAGGAACAUCUCUUACAAACUUGACUAAUGUUUCGAACCAAAGUUUUCCACUGUAUGGCGGCAUUCAUUUAUGGGAUUCAGAAGAAUACAUUAUUCCACCAGAGGAAAAUGGAGCUUUUUUUGUGAUGACAAACAUGAUCAUUACACCUGAUCAGACACAAGGUACAUGUCCAGAAGACCCUGAACUCUCUGAUGUGAAGUGUAUUAACGACAGUGAUUGUACGGCCAUGGAACCAGUCAAAUAUGGACAUGGUAUCAAGACAGGAAAAUGUGUCAACACUUCAAAAGCGCAAGAUGACCCUAAUCAAAAAGUUUGUGAGAUUUAUGCCUGGUGUCCAGUGGAAAUUGACAUAACACCGAUGCCCAACUUUAACCUCAGCCAUGGUGUUCCGCUUUUAGAAACUGAGAACUUUACAGUAUUAAUAAAGAACAAUGUUCAGUUUCCAAAGUUUAAAGAGUCUGGACGAAACAUUCAAUCUGAUCUGAAGACCUGUGUUUAUGACCCAGACAAAGACCCUCUCUGUCCCAUUAUCAAACUGGGAACCAUUGUAAAACAAGCAGGACAAGAUUAUAAUAAACUAGCUUUUAAGGGUGGUGUAAUGGCCAUCAUUAUCAACUGGGACUGUGAUUUUGAUCCUUUAACUUAUUCUUGUCAGCCCAAGUAUUCCUUCAGGAGACUAGAUGAUGCUGAAUCUCCAAUUGCACCAGGAUAUAAUUUCAGAUUUGCCAGGUUUUAUGAGAAGGAUGGAAAAAUACACAGAACCUUAUUCAAAGCUUAUGGUAUUCGCUACGUGGUGUUAGUAUAUGGUCAGGGUGGAAAAUUCAGCGUCGUCCCUCUAUUUCUCAAUUUAGGUUCGGGUCUUGCUCUUCUUGGAAUUGCAACAGUGUUGUGUGACGUAGUUGUUUUGUACAUCGUUAAACGCAAGUCAUAUUACAGAACGAAAAAAUAUCAGUAUGUGAACGAUCCAGAGGAAGAGAAGGGACAUUUGCUCUACACAGACGACAACCAUUAACGAACAGGCUAAUAAUCUAGAAUACUAUUGACAAUUCCAUCUUCACAAGUACACCUGGAUAGACUGCAGCUCCUGAUGGAGAUGCCAUGAACAAGCAGUUUGUGGUCGAAAUUGAUGUCUAACGUUAGUUCUCUUAUCUUUCGCUGAUGCCCACAGACAACAAAAACGAAAUAAAUGUUUUACAAUAACAGAAAUAAUACUGUAGGUGUACCAGCGCAUGAAGCAUUUCUCUCCCGUGGAAUAUAAUCUUAUCUGACGACAUCUGUAGUUGAUUUAACACUUCUGAACUCAACAUCAACUUUCCUUACAAAUUGUUGUUUAUUUUCUUUAAUAGAGCGGUUUUCAAUUGAGUGUCGUAAAACCAAAACCUAAGAAAUCGCUC